GUUGUUGUUACCAUGUGGUUCAUGCCUUCGGUAGUGGAUCUCCGUGGGUUCCACCUCGGUUUGAUUUGAUUGACACGAUUCUUCCUUACGUGACGUUUUCUUCUUCAAUUUUCGAAACGACGCGUUUCAUUUCUUCUUCUGCAUUUCAUAUGAACCAAGGAAUAAGCUUGAAGCCGUGACUCGUGGAAGCUUCUUCAUCUUUAGUCCGCCGUUCACAAAUGGCUCUGCAAGUACUCGGCUGCACGAGCCGCCCAAUCCGCGUCUCCCUUCACCGGUGUUCUGUUAUCUCUACUAGUGACAAUAUCAGAAGGAAGAAUCUCCGAUUUGUUAGAAACCCGAGAUUGUCGUUUUCUCUUCAAUCUUCAAGUAGAAAUUACCGGUUACCUUCGAUUAAUUGCUCGACGGUGAAUGGAGCAGUAGCGGAAACUGCGGAAUAUUACGAAGGAGAAGGAGAUAACGUUUCAGUUCCUGAGAAAAUUAGGCAAUGUAUUGAUUUCAUCCGGACGAUUUUACCAGGUGGAAGCUGGUGGAGUUUCUCCGAUGAGGUUGAUGGUAGGUUCAUUGCGAAGCCUGUUACUGUUUGGCGUGCUUUAAGUCGGAUGUGGGAGCUUGUGGCUGAGGAUCGUUGGGUUAUCUUCGCUGCGUUUUCCACUCUUAUCGUAGCCGCGCUUUCAGAGAUAACUAUUCCGCAUUUUUUAACUGCUUCGAUCUUCUCGGCACAAAGUGGAGAUAUCGCUGUGUUUCGUCGAAAUGUCAAGCUCUUGGUUACGUUAUGUGUUACUUCAGGCAUUUGCAGUGGCAUACGAGGAUGCUUCUUUGGGAUUGCUAACAUGAUACUUGUGAAACGAAUGAGGGAAACACUAUACUCCACUCUUCUCUUCCAGGAUAUAUCAUUUUUCGACUCUCAAACUGUUGGUGACUUAACAAGCAGACUUGGAUCAGAUUGUCAGCAAGUCUCGAGGGUCAUCGGAAAUGAUCUGAACAUGAUAUUCCGCAAUGUUCUUCAGGGUACAGGGGCAUUGAUUUAUUUGCUAAUUUUGUCUUGGCCCCUUGGGCUGUGCACAUUGGUGAUAUGCUGUAUUUUGGCUGCGGUUAUGUUCGUUUAUGGGAUGUACCAAAAGAAGACAGCGAAGCUAAUUCAGGAGAUCACAGCUUCUGCAAAUGAAGUCGCUCAAGAGACAUACUCUUUGAUGAGAACCGUUCGUGUAUAUGGGACAGAGAAGCAAGAGUUUAAAAGGUACAAUCACUGGCUUCAGAGAUUAGCGGAUAUAAGUUUGAGACAGAGUGCUGCAUAUGGUAUUUGGAACUGGAGCUUCAACACUCUAUACCAUGCAACUCAGAUUAUUGCUGUCCUGGUUGGAGGAUUGUCUAUCUUAGCUGGUCAAAUAACAGCAGAGCAGCUGACAAAGUUUCUGUUGUAUAGUGAAUGGUUAAUCUAUGCUACAUGGUGGGUGGGAGAUAAUUUAUCAUCUUUGAUGCAAUCAGUUGGAGCGAGUGAAAAGGUCUUCCAAAUGAUGGAUCUCAAGCCAAGUGAUCAAUUCAUAUCAAAAGGAACGAGACUGCAGAGACUGACAGGACAUAUCGAGUUUGUAGAUGUGUCGUUCAGCUACCCUUCAAGAGAGGAGGUGGCGGUGGUUCAAAACGUAAGCUUAUCCGUGCAUCCUGGUGAAGUGGUAGCAAUCGUUGGUCUAAGUGGCAGUGGCAAAAGUACACUGGUUAAUCUUUUGCUACAACUGUACGAACCAACAAGUGGUCAGAUUCUACUAGAUGGGGUUCCUUUGAAAGAGUUGGAUGUCAAGUGGCUAAGGCAAAGAAUCGGAUACGUGGGGCAGGAACCAAAGCUCUUCCGCACGGACAUCAGUUCCAACAUCAAGUAUGGAUGUGAUCGUAAUAUAUCGCAAGAAGAUAUAAUAUCAGCCGCAAAGCAAGCCUAUGCACAUGAAUUUAUCACAGCACUGCCCAAUGGUUAUAACACAAUUGUUGAUGAUGAUCUACUCAGUGGAGGGCAGAAACAACGGAUUGCCAUUGCUCGUGCCAUCCUUAGAGAUCCUAGAAUUCUCAUCCUCGAUGAAGCCACAAGUGCACUCGAUGCAGAGAGCGAACACAACGUUAAGGGCGUACUUCGUUCUAUCGGAAACGACUCAGCAACAAAGAGAAGUGUCAUAGUGAUAGCACACAGACUUUCUACGAUUCAGGCUGCGGAUAGAAUAGUGGCUAUGGACAGUGGACGAGUCGUCGAGAUGGGCAAUCACAAAGAACUUUUGAGCAAAGAUGGCUUAUACGCGAGAUUGUCGAAGAGACAAGCGGAUGCUGUCCCACCGCCUCAGUACCUGAGACCGCCGUCUGGACCACCGCCUCCGGCGGAUCCUUACCACCAAUACUAUCAGCAUCAGGCGAGACCACCGGUGCCUCCGCCUACGCAGCCCGGUGGUCCUCCUACAUGGUACUCCAACCAAUUUCAUAACCCUCACUCUCCAUCGCCACCGCCUCCACCUCCGCCGCAGUGGGGACCACCUUCGCCGCAUUAUCCUCAAGGCCAACCUUACUCUUCUUCGGCUUAUACUCCUCACCAGCCGCCAUUCAACGCUGGAGCUAACGGUAACAGUCAGUUUCCUCCUCCAUCUGCCGGUGCGCCGAUUCCUCCGCCAUAUCCUCAGGCUAAUCAGGAAUGGGGCAAUCCAAGUUGGGGGUAUCAACAACAACAAGGUCACACCCCCCAAGCUAAUAGCAACGUCGAGGACUGGGCAGUGAAAGCCAAAGAAUGGGCAGCUGCGAACAAGGAUCAGCAAUUGCAGUCUGCACCGAACCAAACUAGCGGACAAGUCUACCAGCAGCAGUACCCUACUCAUGGCUAUCAAGAUGUUCAUCAACAGGCAGUUCCAGGAAUAAGCUAUCAGCAGCAGUUUCCAGUUCCACCCACAACACAGCCGGAGAGAUAUCCAAAUUAUGCAACAGGACACGAGAGUUUUCCUGGAGGUGGAUUGCCCCAAGAAAACCUGACUACCAGUUCUGCAAUUCAUCAGCAGGAGGUACCUUAUAGUUAUUCUUCUGUAGCAGGUAAUGAAGAGUCUGGAAAUGCAACACAACAUGAGGUGCAGAUAUCAUUGCCUGAUGCUGGGGGACCUGUUCGCACGGAGCAGCAUAUGCAAUAUGCAUAUGGAGAUCAAUCAGCUGUUCCACCUAGUAACCUUAGUGAUCAGCCUGUACAGUUUUCUACCAGAGAGAGUUCUGAUUAUUCUGGUGUUCACAAUGCAUGGCAGUCCCAUACAACAACCGGGGUAGUCUAUCCUCCAAUCCCUUCAUCGGUGCAGUCAAUACCUCAGAAUGACUCAUCUAUGGCUAUACCUCCUGUUUCGGGUCAUAUCAUGCCUCAAUAUGGAAGGUUUCCCCCACCAAACCUCCAGCCUGUUGGACCCCCAUAUGCUUUUGCGACAAAGCCGCCUCUUCACCCUGUUACAGCAUUCAUGGAUGACUCAUAUGCAGCAUCGUCUGUUCCUCCGAAAAAGGCUCCUGUACCUAACUGGCUCAAGGAAGAAUUAUUGAAGAAAAAAGCAGAUCUUGGAAGGCCUUCUUCAGGGAGUUUUGAGGGGAGAGAAUCUAUGGAUGAUGAUGUACUUUAUAAACCUCCUGCCAAAGCUGAUCAGCGUGACGAAAAAAGCUUCAGCCCCUCCAAAUCCUCUGACGAAGAAGAAGAGGAGGAUGAGGAUGAGAUGGAUGCAGCUAGAACAGCAGAAAUUAAUAUGGAGAUAAAGCGUAUCUUGACUGAAGUCCUUCUUAAGGUUACAGAUGAAUUGUUUGAUGAAAUUGCAACCAAAGUCAUUAAUGAAGAUGAAGCAAUACCUAAAGCUGACAGUGUACAGCACAAUCAUAAGUCGUCAUCAUCCAUUCUCUCCACAGCUGAUCCACUCCACAAGGCUUCGGCAAAGAUUUUAGUCUCCGUAGAAGGCGCUAAUGACAAAGCCAGUUCUAGCUCUCCAGCAGAUGUGCUAGGUCUUGCUAGCUAUGCCUCUGAUGAUGAUGAUGCUGAUACUGAUGCUGCUUCUAAUGAUGGAGUUGAGAGUCUUGGCGUGGGGUCAAGACACGAUGUUAGUCAGCGGCCAAGCAGUGAGAAACUUCCUGAACCUGAAGCAAUGGCCAAUGCGAAAUUGGAUCCAAAAGUUGAAGUCAAUGCUAGUUCCGGCAAGAAUGGUAAGUCAGGUUUGGAGGAUUAUUCUCAAAUGCCAGGCUCCAGAAGAAAAGAUGAUGAGGCAGGUAGUACCAAAAUAUCAGAUGUAAGCGCCAACUCUGGACUUGAUGCUGAUACUUCAGGAAGCAGAAAAGAGCAUCCUGACAGAACUGAUAGUGAUAAAGAUGCAGUACUAGAUGAACCUCACGGGAAGAAUUCUGGCUUGAAAUCAGAUUGCAGCCUUCGUCAAGAUAGUAAUAAAACUUCUGGGAAAGACUUGAGUGACGAAGUGAGUACGGAUAGAAGUAGAACAGAUGAAACGAAAGGUGGGAAAGAGAAAGUAGAUUCUCAGAAUGGCUCAAAAGAUAGAAUGAAGGAGAAUGACUUAAAGUCAGCAGAGAAAGUUAAAGGCGUUGAAUCAAAUAAAAAAUCUACCGAUCGCCAUGAGAAGGAAAAGGAAGAAGAAAGGUCAAGACACAGGCGGGCUGAAAACUCGAGCAAGGACAAAAGAAGACGUUCUCCAACCAGUAAUGAAUCUUCUGAUGAUUCAAAGAGGAAGUCCCGUUCUAGAAAAAGGAAUGUAUCACCAUCUCCUGUGAGGUCCAGAAGAAAACGCUCUUCUCCAUCCAGUGAUGAAUCCUCUGAUGAUUCAAAAAGUCAUCUUCGGAAAGAAGAAAUCGGUCACCAUCUCCAGAAAGGUCCAGAAGAAGACAUGUUUCUUCGCGGUCACCACAUAGCAAGCAUUCUCAGCACAAGAACAUUCUCUACUCUUCUCAUGAAAAAUCCAGGUCAAAGCGGUCAAGAUCCAGAUCAAGAUCACCCCACAGGCGCCAUCGUGCUAAAUGAACACUCAAGCAAACUGGGUCUUCGAGCUGGGCUGUUGUCAAUUUGGCUAUCUGGGUUUCUUCUAAUCGCUCUCUCUUUCUACGGCACUCAGCUUCUAUCUCCAACUUCACUCAAUGAUCCAUUUAGAUACUCUGGCGAUUCUAUUGCUGCUGCUCCAAGAAUCACCAUUUUCACUUCUUUCAAUGGGGAAGAAAAUAGCCAAGCUUUACUUGCUCUUCAUUUCAUAUCUGCUUUGAAUUAUGCUCACGAGCUUAAUCGUGAUUGGCUUCUUGUUUCUUCACCGUGGAAAUUCCUAGUUUCCCGUUCCGAUUGGGACGAAACAAGACAUUUUUGGCGUCAGGGCAAUGGGAAAAGAGUGAGAUUUGGGGAGAAAGAUGAGGCAGUGCCACCAUUGAAGUUUCCUUUUGACCUGGAGUCUCUUCUCCCAUUAGUUGCAGACAAGAACAGAACUGUUGUACUUUCAUUGCUGGUUUGUGCCCUUGAUGAUGAAACUUAUCAGUUUUCUUUAUUGCAGGGUCUGCCAGUUUUCUUUGAUCCAUUCGCUCCAAAGAAUAUAGCUUCAAUGACUGCCACUUUGGAUCAAAGUAUGUAUAUUGGUUCAGAAACCCGUUGCCUCUGCUUCAAUCUUUCGGUCCUUCUGUUCUUACCGCACAAUCCGAUGAUACCGGUAAACAGACCAAGGCGCUUGAACUCGGGAUUCUACUUUGCACGUUCAGAUGGCCCGACUAUAGCAGCAAUGGAGAAAGUGGUAAAGCAUGCUGCAACCUCCGGUCUCUCGGAACAGCCUAGCUUCUACGACACUUUAUGCGGAGAAAGAGAGCUGUUCCCGAACGAGCUUACGGAGAUCUAUGCUGAAGGAAGACGUAAGAGAGAGUGCGAGAAGAAGCAUUGCUUCGUUCUACAUACAACUGGAUCAGUGGGAGGACUGAAGAAACUCGAACGCCAAAUGAUGAAGGUCUAUGGGAAUAUGACGCAUCCAUGAGGAUGUGUGUGUAGAGAUGACAAGGUUAUACAAGUUAGAUACUUAGAUGGGAGUGGGACAUUCAAAGGCUCUUGGUAUUGGAUAUAGUUAUACAAAUUGUGUUUAUUUAUUGUAUUGUUGUAUGAAAAUAGUUUUAGGAAUAUGAACUUGUAAACUGCAAAUUAUUUGCCAGAGAUGAAACAAAUAUAAAUUGAUUUUGAGGAU